AUGAAGUUCACCUUGGGCCUGGGGUCGCGGGCCUGGAGAGUGUCCUGGGAGCGGGCGGCGGCGGCUGCGGCAGCGGCGGGCCCUGGGGCUGGCGGCGCGCUGGGCAGCGGCUCACUGCGCGUCUCCAGCCGCCGCGGCCCUCGGCUCGCGCGCGCCCUCCCUCUAUGCCUCUCCGGCGGUGGCGGCGCCCGAGCUCUCCCGGACUGCGCCGGGCCCAGCCCCCGCCGCUCCGGCGCCAGGCAGCUGGCCGGCCCGCGCGCGAUGGAGCAGACGUACGGCGAAGUGAACCAGCUUGGUGGCGUGUUCGUCAACGGCCGUCCUCUGCCCAAUGCCAUCCGCCUACGCAUCGUGGAGCUAGCACAGCUGGGUAUCCGACCCUGUGACAUCAGUAGGCAACUGCGAGUCUCUCAUGGCUGCGUGAGCAAAAUCCUGGCGCGCUACAACGAGACCGGCUCCAUCCUGCCCGGGGCCAUUGGGGGCAGCAAACCUCGAGUCACCACCCCCAAUGUAGUGAAGCAUAUCCGGGACUACAAGCAGGGCGAUCCUGGCAUCUUUGCCUGGGAGAUCCGUGACCGGCUACUGGCUGACGGCGUCUGUGACAAGUACAACGUGCCCUCUGUGAGCUCCAUCAGUCGCAUCCUGCGAAAUAAGAUUGGCAGCCUGGCGCAGCCAGGGCCAUACGAAGCAAGUAAGCAGCCGCCGCCCCAGCCCGCGCUGCCCUACAAUCAUAUCUACCAGUACCCCUACCCCAGUCCAGUGUCACCCACGGGCACUAAGAUGGGCAGUCAUCCCGGGGUCCCCGGCUCGGCGGGCCACGUCAGUAUCCCGCGAUCAUGGCCCUCUGCACAUUCAGUCAGCAACAUCCUGGGCAUACGGACGUUUAUGGAGCAAACAGGGGCCCUGGCCGGGAGUGAAGGCGCUGCCUACUCCCCCAAGAUGGAAGACUGGGCGGGUGUGAACCGAGCCGCCUUCCCCACCUCGCCAGCAGUGAAUGGACUCGAGAAACCUGCAUUGGAGGCGGACAUUAAAUACACUCAGUCGGCUUCCAGCCUCUCCGCAGUGGGCGGCUUCCUGCCUGCCUGCGCCUACCCGGCUUCCAACCAGCACGGAGUAUACAGCGCUCCAGCAGCCGGCUACCUAUCCCCAGGCCCACCCUGGCCACCAGCCCAGGCACCCCCGCUGGCACCCCACGGAGCUGGUGUGGCGGUGCACGGCGGGGAGCUUGCAGCGGCAAUGACCUUCAAACACCCCAGCCGAGAAGGGACCGACAGAAAGCCCCCCAGCCCGGGAGGCAAAGCCACGGACGCACUCGGUAGCUUACAUGGACUGCCCAUCCCGGCCUCGACCUCCUAG